AUGCGGCGAGCGCCUUUCCCAUACUGGUUGAGAAGGCGCAGGCUAUUCUUCUUGGUCGCGUUGAUAUUCUGCAUCUGCAUUUUCUACACCCUUCUUCCCAUUCUACGGAACCAUGGCGAAUCUAAUCUAGAGGCUUUCAAGGACGAGAACGACAGUUGUGGUCGAUUCGAGAGUACUUCCGUAUAUCGACAAAACCCGGACCAUGACCUUGAGCGGCGCAUUGACUCUGCACUGCUCGCAAUCCAGCAUCGAGAAGAAUCGAAAGCUCAACCAAACCUUCCGGUGAAGAAGAUAUGGCAGACAUGGCGGGACCCAGUCGUGCCCGAGAAUUUUGAUCAGCCGGCAAUCUGGCGCAAGCUACAUCCCGGUUGGGAGCACCAAGUAGUCUCCGACCGCGAUGCACCCCCUCUCGUAUCGGAUGAGCUCCAGACAGUUCCAUACUUCGAGCAUUUAUUUUCCUCGUCCUACCGACCCAUCAUUCGAGCAGAUCUUCUCCGCUACACUUUGUUGUGGCAUUAUGGUGGAUUCUAUGCCGAUAUCGACGUACAUCCGGUCCGCUCGGUCGAAACUUGUGAGCCCAUGUCACCUCUUUUCGCCCUAGAUAAAAACAUGAACAUUUCGCUCGUAAUUGGCAUUGAAGUGGAUGAACCAUAUGCUUCUGUGAGGAGACGGAAAUUUUGGCGCUGGGACGGAACUCAUGGCUUCAUCCAGUAUGCCAUCUACGCUGCCCGGCCCUUCAGCCCAAUACUGAGGCGCGCCAUCGUCCGAUCGAUCGCACAUUCAGUAAAGCAUGAGAAGGAGAAGACACCUUGGUAUCGACUGGCCGACAGAUUCGAUAAUGCAGCGAUCCUUGAGAUCACUGGUCCCGGAAUGUUCACAGAGGCAGUGUUAGAUGUUCUGACCGAAAGUCUGCCCUCAAAUCAUUCGCUGAAACUCUCUCAAAGACAGAAAGAUGCAUGUCCCGAGGACGCCUCCGUCCGUAGCAGCGAUGAACAGCGAGGAAGAGUGACGUGGGCACCAUUCUAUAGGCUGAGAGAGCCUAGUUGGAUUUUUGAUGAGGACACAAUGGACGGGAAUACGACGCAGCGUAGUGGUGGCCUUGGGGUGAUGCCCAUCAAUGUAUGGGGCAACGGACAAAGACACUCAGGCUCGGAGAAUUUCCACAGCGCCCAAGCAUGUGUCAACCAUCAUUUCUCAGGGACUUGGAAGCAAUCAUGGUUGCACAGGACUCUGCUGAAAUGGUUCCACUUCUAG